CCAUGGCGUGUGGCAGUGUGUACGCAGCGGAGACCCAGCUUGGCCGUGACCUUUCCGCUCUCGAACUGACCCGGCCUGACCUCGCAACGGAGAGGUCGCGCCAGACGAGAGAGAACCCGUCGAUCAGUAGAAGCACUUCGUAUAUGAGCAGCGGAUCCGUCCACGAGGCGAUCAGAUUUCUUCAAGCGGAGCACGAGACGGUGUUGAGUGGCCUUCACCAGCAGAUCCAACUCCUUCAGCAGCGGUGUGAUGACCUGCAGUUCGAGGCGCACCUGCGCCACGUGACGCAGACCGGCGAGGACGCCCUGCGCAAACAGGUGUCCGAGCUGAAGAAGGUGCUGGAGGAGCGGACGGGCCGCGUCUCGCAGCUGGAGGGGCAGCUGGCGGAGCAGCAGAAGCUCCUGGCUGACGAGCAGGAGCAGCACCGGUGGCGCGAGGUGCAGCUGAAACAGCAGGUGGAGGCUGGCGAGCAGCGGGUGGCUGAGCUGCGCGGCGAGGUGGCCAAGCUGCGGGCGCAGGUUCGGGAUCUGCGCGUGUACAGCUCCGCCCUGCGCACGGUGGGCGGCCGCGGCCCGUCCACCGCCCGCGCCUCCUCCAGGACCAGCACCAGCGCCCGCCCGCUCUCCCGGAGCUCGCGGGCGUCCGUGGGCUCGCUGGACUCGCUCGAGUCGUCGGGGCCGCGCAGCCUGGGCUCGGAGGACGGCGAGGCAGGCUCGUGGCGCGGCGCGCGGCUCGGUGGCGGCGCCGGCCACGUCUCCGCCAGGCACGCGCGCCCUGAGAAGGCGCCGCUCAGCCCUGGCACGCGCAACACCUUCUCGCUGCCGCCCACGCUGCCGGUCACGCCGCCCUCGCUGCCGCCCCUCGCCUCCCUGCCGUCGCCGCGCCCGUCCUCCUCGAACAUCGUCCUGCCGCCCAUCUCUGCCAGCCAGGGGGUGUCCCGCCCGCACGUCCGGCGGCAGCUGCGCCUGGCCUCCGCGCCCAUCCUCGACAUCGAGCGCAGCGACCCCCCUCCGCAGCGCGACCCCGCAUGACCCCUCAUGGCCUCGGCUCCGCGGCAGAGAGCGCCCCUCCGCAGUGCCCCCCCGCAUGCUGCCGGGGUCGGCGUUGCCAGGUCCUCCAGGAGGGCGUCAGGGGCGUGGGGCAGCCGAGCGGCUUCCAGCUCCUCCAGGGACCAGAAACCAUAGAGAGCGGCGCAAUGGGGCUCCUGCGGCAGGUCACCGGGACUGGCGUUUACGUCUGCCGGAUUUCACAAAGGUCAUGCUGGGAGACUGAGGGCCUCUGGUGGCCUGCUGUGCACGAGACUCGAGUGCAGCCCAAACUUGUUCAGUCGUGAGUGUGUGGCAUUUGCUGCAGAGAUAUGCAAUGAAAUAUAAUGGAAAAAAGAAAAGGUGAUCAAUAUAAAAUACAGUUACGAAACAUCUAAUAGUUAAAACCUGCAUGAAGGAUGACUGAGAUUUGGCGUUCCUUUGUAAAAGUGACUCAACACGGUGUGUAUAUAUGAAUUGACCUUGACUGACCUGUGAUACCAUUGCGAUUCGAAAAGACAACGAAGAGGUCGUGAUUAUAAUGACAUAACCUGAGAGAGAAAAUAAAUAUUGGGAGAGCUCGUUCCAUUUGGUUCUGCUUAUGGUAUACAUAUCAUGUAAUUUUAAACACUCCUUGUAUCUGUUAGAAAAGGAGUGAGAUUUCUUAGUUUUCUGUUUUGAUUAUUUUCACAAUAAAGAUCUUUUUAGUACUGCACUUCUUUUGAAAUGAUUUCACAUAUUUUUAAUAAAGAGUGAGUCGCUUGUACUCGGCUGUAUCCCUUAGCAUGAGCAAAGACAUUUCCUUAUAGUUUUUUGCAACUGUCAUUUUAAAUUAUUAAUAAACCACACACACACACACACACACACACACACACACACACACACACACACACACACACACACACACACACACACACACACACACACACACACACGCACGCACGCAUGCACGCGCUCACAUUUUUUUUCUUUUCUUUUUUUGAGUUUGAUUAGAUUCAUGAUUUUGAAUGAAGGAUAUGAAUACCAUUUGGCAUUAAAUGGAUCUCCAAUGGAACUGAAGAAAAAAUACUGUAUUUGUAGUGCUAUCAAAUGAAAUAUAAAAUGCCUUCGUAGCCCCCAAUGGGAAACGAGUAUAUAUAGAUAUAUAUUCCAAAAAUACAAUGAAGAUUUUUUCAUGUUCAAUGAAAAAUCUAUCAUUGCAAUUUUCUUUUUUUUUAUGUGCGUGGAGGCAAAAUUAUGAAAAAAAAGAGAAGAAAAGAAAAUGAGAAAAAAAAUAUUUACGCCAGUCCACCCUAGGUACAAACGCAUAACCAGGUUCCGUUAAAAAAGAAAAAGAAAAAAACUAAAAGAAAACGAAGCAACGGAAGUUUAGGCCUGCACCUUAUAUACAGUAUAUAUUUUUUAAGAUAUCCCUUUUUUGAAUUCAAUAGAUAUUUCCCAUUUUCUGACAUUCGGAUAACUCCUCCACAGUGUUAUAUGAAGCGAUGUAUUGUGUAUAUACCUUUUUUUCUAAGCCAGACGUCAGUUACCGUGACAGCCAAUGUGUGUAAUGAGUAUAAAGUUCAUAUUCAUCUGCGGUAACUUGAACUUUCAUGUUUGAACAAUAUUGAACUUUGAAUUUAGAAAUAGCGAUACCUCAUAUUGUAUCUUUCAUUAUUUUCCUGGUUAUUGUUUUUUCAUUGUCAUUACAAAUCAAAUUAUCAUAUGGCGCAUUAUUAUUAUUGUUACAUUUAGCAUUUAUACUACUGCUCUUCUUGUUAUUUAUUUUUCUAUUGUUAAUGUCAUUAUUAAUUAUUUCGUUAUUGAUAGUAUUAUUAUCACUUAGUUGUUGCUGUUAUUAUUAUUAUUAUUAUUAUCAAUAUUUCAUUAUUAUUCAUUUUUUAAAAUAUUAUGGUGACUGUUGUUAAAAUUAUGAUUAGCAACAUUAUUGUUAGUGUUAUUUUUAUUCAUCAUUAUUAUUACUGCAAUCAUCAUUAUUAUAAGUUAAGAGAAGAUAUGUAUCCAUCAUUAAUCUGGCACAUCAUGAUAAUGAUGCCGAUAAUUUUGUUUAUAUAUAUAUAUACUAUUGCCUUAUACUGAUGCCGUUCUUGCCCCAUAGAAAAUACUGUGCAAAUUACAGUUUUGUAUUAUAUCAUCCCUGAUUUUUAGAAAUUCUUUCCUUCUGAUAUUGAUCUAAAACGCCUUUUGAAUUUGUAAAGCUACAGUAUUUUUUGUAUGACUGAAUUAUUGUAUUAUUGAAACCCCACUGUUAUCAGGAUUAAUUGUAGUAUAAUACCAGUUUCUCAAUACAUUAUUUUAUAUAUGUCCAAUUCCAUGUUAUGAAUUAGAACACUUUGUAAAGAAAAAAAUGAAGUAUAUAUAUGGUCAUAUUUUGAACUAUGGAGUACUGUAUUUAAACUGAUUUGAAUGUAUUCCACCUUUUUUCUAGCUAGUCGCAUUUUCAUAAUUUUCCUUUUUAUUUUCCCAAAUUUGUUUUAAUAAACAUAUUAACUUUU